GGCCAAUCUUGCCAAGCCCCUUUCUCGACUACUCCACACUCGAUUGAUACAGACUGCGUGAGACAGAUAGAUUAGUUAGGUCUGUAAAUACACAUUGCCAGGUCUCUGUUACCCGUGUAUCAUUGGAGUGCGCCGUUUGUGUUUUGUUGUAAACGCUGUUAAUGUUGUAGUUAUGUCUACAACCUCCAAAGUAGUACUGGGUGUUUCUCUGGUGCUUACUCUGGGAACGGUGGCAGGAGUUCAUAUCAAACAGCAUCUGGACAGAGAGAGACUGCAUGAAAGUGUCAUCAGGGAUCUUGAGAGACAGGCUCGUAAAAGGGAAAAUCUGCGACAGCUGGAAGAACAAAUCACUCUCACCAGAGAGCUUGAAACAGAACGGGAGAAGAGAGCAGCGGGCGCACAGACCUCCUAGACUGCCC